AUGGCGUCCUCGACUGCUUCCUCCCCGCAAGUCGAAGCGGCCAAGACUGCAGAACUGGCGGGUUCCAGCAACAGUUCUCUUUCGCCUGCUUCCUCUCUUCCCUCUUCCGUUUCGCAAGCAUACAAUGACUCGUUCUUCAGCCGUCUGUCCAGCAAUCUCUCUUCCUACGCCUUAGCAUGCAAGAAUGUUUCGAGCGUCUCAGACUGGAUGCAACUCAACAACAAGUACCUCGGAUCGAGUAUUCUCUACACCGACGAAAUCAGUGCCGGGCUCAUUUUUGGCUAUUGCGCAGGUUAUGCCGUGAACAGGGCUCUUCGCUUCGGCGCUUUGCUCUGUGGAAUUGGAUUCAUCUCUGUACAGACGCUCAGUCACUACGGCUACAUCAGGGUGAACUGGAAACAGGUUGAAGAGGACAUUAUGAAGCCGUUGGAUGUGAACGGAGAUGGGAAGUUUGACCACGAAGACAUUGCAGUCAUCAAAAACUCGUUUAUGCGAAUGAUGGCACAGGGUCUGCCGUCGACAGCGGGCCUAUCUUUUGGCCUGCUGUAUGGCCUGCGCGCUUCCAAGUAG